AUGGGGCGACGGAUGCUGAAGAAAGAGAGACAAGAGGAAAAUGACUCCAGGUAUAGCACAUCUAAGGAUACUAACAAUGAAUCCAUCGAUAAUCAGAAAUCGGCGGAAUUGCUAUUUGAUACAAUGGAUUCAAAAGAAAGCUUGCCUGAAGGCCGUCGCAUUGUCGACUUUUCUCAUGUAUGGAAAGAACUCCAGAGAUUAUUUAAUAAUCAUAUAAAAGGAAUAGAGUGCCAAUUUAAAGAUUGGAAACUCAUAAAAACUAAAACCGAAAAGUUUAAGACGCAUUUUACUUUCAAAUGCCAAAUGUGCAAUACUGAAGCCGAAUUCUGGUCAGAACCCAAAGAUCCGAAAAUAUUAAGCAUUGAUAUGGCUGCUGCAAUAAGAACUAUUACAGUAGGAAUUGGCUAUGCCCAAUUGAAAGAGCUGUGUGCAGCUAUGAAUAUUCAAUGUAUGUCCGAUAAAAGUUAUAUGCAAAAUCGAGAUAUGUUAGUAGACGAGUUUGAGAAAACAGCCAUGGAAAAUAUGAAAAUGGCUGGCCAAACUGAAAAGCAACUGGCUCUCAAAAGGAACGAUGUUAUAAACGGUAUUCCGUACAUAACUGUAAUAGCUGAUGGUAGUUGGAGUAAAAGAUCGUACGGCCACGCCUACGAUUCUCUUUCCGGUGUUGGUACUUUAAUUGGUUACCACACGAAAAAAGUUCUUUUUAUCGGUAUCCGCAAUAAAUAUUGCACGAUAUGCGAUGUAGCGGAACGAAACAGAAUCGAACCAAAAAAGCAUAAAUGCUAUAAAAAUUUCGAUCGUAACGCAAGCUCCACAAGUAUGGAGAGCGAUGCCAUUGCAGAAGGCUUUAAAAGUAGCCUGGAAAUGCAUGGAUUAAUUUUUAGAACAGUUAUUGCCGAUGGCGAUAGCAGCGUCUAUCAGGCCAUCAUUGAUAGCAGACCAUAUCGGGAACAAAUGGUGACCGUGAAAAAAAUAGAAUGCACGAAUCAUUUGCUUCGCAAUCUAUGCAAAAAGCUGCAGGCGGUAGCAGGGACAACUCAGCCAAAAAUGCAUAGAAAGCGCGGUUUUGUCCAGCUACGAAAUGUUGUAAAGAACAACAUUAUGAACAUACGAACAGAAGUGAUAGAAGCAAUUGAUUUACGAAAUAAACAAGAGCAACCUCACCAUGAUAAAGCUAGAGAAUUACAAAAAGAUAUAUUAAACAUUCCUAGUCAUAUAUUUGGUGAACAUAAACGAUGUAAGGAACGCGGUCGUAUAUGUGACCUUGAUGAAACGAAGAAAAAUUAUGUACCGUUUCUCAAAUUACACGAUCUUUACCAAAGAGUAGAAAAGGCUAUAAUAUAUUUAAGCGCUUAUUCCGACGGUUUGUUGUACAAAUACACAAAUCCAAGCUAUAUAAUAGAAGCUCAACAAGAAGUAGCUAAAAAAAGAAAACAAACGAGUCUUCCACAGUGUAAUGUAGAAGAUAAAAAUAUUGCCAAAAAAAGAAAUCAAAUAUUUCAUCAAUGGAAGCAACUGCUUUGA